AUGUCAUGGGACCGGCCUGAACCAAAGUACGUCCAUCAUUCCACCAGUGACAAGAAAAGUCACGACGCUCAUUUGACCCUUUAUCUGCUCAGGGGCGUACCACCCAUCUGCAAUCGUGUGCAAAUGACUCUCCCUGACUCAUCAUCUCAGCUCCUCUCGCCAGUGGAUCACACAGUCCCAAAGGUGUAUUUCACUUUCUAUCUUUCUUUCCUCCUGAAAAAUCCACAGGCCGGCGUUGAGUCGAUCCAGAAGGGUCUCACAACCUUGAUCAAUCAACUUCCGUUCCUAGCAAAAGAUGUGGCGCCCUCCCACGAUGAGAACCAUGACAAUGUCCACUGCAUCCAGCCUCCGUCAGCCAAGUCCCAGUCCAUACCUAUGCUGCAAAUCAGACAUUACUUAAAUGAAUCUGUCCGGUCAAUGCUAGCCACUGCAUCUUGUACUGGGGCCGAAGACCUGCAAUAUUCCGAGCGAUAUGCCCCUUUGCUAACGGUGAUGGAUCCCCAAGAAAGCCAGCCCAUACUGCGCUUCGUUGCGAAUGUCAUGGUCGAUGGCAUUAUCCUAUCCCUCAGUUUCAACCACAUGGCUGCAGACGGCACAGGGAUCGGGAAUAUUCUGGAACUGCUGUCAGAGUGCUGCCGAAAUGAACAGAAGCAUGUGGGACCUCAACGGUUCGAGUUUGAAUUGCGCCGUCAGCUAGCCUCGCCCAGUACUACCGCAGAAAAACGACCGUUAAAUACAUUCUGGGAGACAUACACUCCCGAGGAGACCUUCCAUUGUCUGGAUUCGAAUACGUGGUCCACAGCCACUACGUCAAUGGCGUCGGAGUUGAAUACGUUUCGAUUCCGAAUUCCUAUCCGCAAGGUGAAAGUCCUGAAAGACAUCUGCACUUCUGUGCUGUUAUCACAUCCCGAAGGAGACAACAUGCUAAGUAAAGAGCCCGGGGCUUUUAUAUCGAGCAACGACGUGCUCACAGCGUUACUAUCCAUCUGUCUUCAGCAGACGAAACCUGCCGAACUCGCUUUGAAGGAUGAUCACGAUUACACCGUCGCAUUUGUUGCAAACCUCCGUUCCCGAAUGCAUCCACCCUGGCCGGAGCACUAUAUCGGGGUCCUGCUUACUAUGGUACUUGUUUCUCGAUCCGAACUAAUCAAUUACGUUCACGAGAAAAGGGUCGAUCUUGUAGCCAGUGAGGUGGGUCUCGAUAAAGACGAGCUAAAACAAAUCACAAACCUGGCUAUGAACAUGCGCAAGAAACUGCAGGAUGUUGAUGACAGAUAUGUUCGUGGGCUACUCGCUCAUAUGCAGCAACAACGGGACUGGAGCCAGAUGAAUAUCAAAGGAGGAGAUUUCUCAUAUUCGAGCAUUCGACACUUGAAGGUUCACGACCUAGAUUGGGGUCCGGAUUUGGGCAAGAUCACGGGAUUCCGGUUGUUUUUUGGUUUACUUGAAGAUUUUUGCCUCAUUCUUCCCGCAGAUCCGGGGGGAGACUGGGAUAUGCAGAUUAGUUUGCGGCCAGGCUAUCAGCGGGCAUUGAUGGAGAAUCGGUUGUUUCGGUGGGCUACCAGUGAUUAG